AUGACACCACCCGCCGCUACCGCACACGCCCAAAAUGGCAAUUCCUCGCCUGACGCCGCCUCCGGCCCUGCCACUCCGUUGAACCGGGCCGGCGAGCUCGAACAUCUCCUUCAUGCCGUCGAGCAGCUCAUCAUACCCUUUGUCAGGGCCGCCGACCGCUCCGCCGACGAAAAGCCCACGGGCAGCAUCCCCAAGGGCCGUCGCAACGUCCUCGUUCAGACCACCGCGCCCACUGAGCUCGCUGCCAAGCUCGACUUUCCUCUGCCCGCCGAGGGCCAGGGCGCAGAUGGCCUGCUGACCAUGAUCCAGCGCAUUCUCGACUACAGCGUCAACACCUGGGACCAGGGCUUCCUCGACAAGCUCUACGCCAGCAACACACCCGUCGGCGUCAUCUCCGACAUUAUCCUCUCCAUCCUGAACACAAAUCUCCACGUCUACCAAGUCUCGCCUGCCCUCUCCGUGAUUGAAAAGGCCACCGGCCGCGCUCUUGCCGGCCUAUUUGGCUUCACCGGCGAUUUUGCCGGCGGCAUCACCUGCCAGGGCGGCAGCUCUAGCAACCUAACGUCGCUCGUCGUCGCGCGCAACACCCUGUAUCCCGACACCAAGUCCCGCGGCAUCGCGGGCUCGCGCCGCGACUUUGUCGUCUUCACCAGCGCCCACGGGCACUACUCGGUCGAGAAGAGCGCCAUGAUCUGCGGCCUCGGCGGCGACAGUGUGUGGGCCGUGCCUGUCGACGCCGACGGCUGCAUGCGCGCCGACGCCCUGCGCGCGCACGUUCUCCGUGCCGUCGCCGAGGGCAAGACACCGCUCUAUGUCAACGCCACCGCCGGCACCACUGUCCGCGGCUCAUACGAGCCUUUUCGCGCCGUCUCGGCCGUUUGCAAGGAAUUCGGCUUGUGGAUGCACAUUGACGCCAGCUGGGGAGGGCCCGUCGUCUUUUCCCGCGCUCACCGCCACAAGGUUGACGGCGCGCACCUCGCCGACUCCAUCACCAUUAAUCCGCACAAGAUGAUGAACGUGCCCACCACCUGCUCGUACCUACUCGUCCCUGACACCCGCACUUUCAAGGUCGCCAACAGCACAAAGGCGGGCUACCUUUUCCACGACGCCGCCGACGACGCCGAGACGUGGGACCUCGCCGACCUCACCCUGCAGUGCGGUCGUCGCGGCGACAGCCUCAAGCUCGCGCUCGCUUGGCUCUACUACGGCGCCGACGGCUUCGAAAAGCAGAUUGACCACGCCUUUGACAUGGCAUCGCUUCUGUACAAGCGACUCGACAAGACGGGCAACUUUACCCUGCUGUCGGACAACCCGACGCCGUGCCUCCAGGUGUGCUUUUACUACUCGCCAAACGGGGUCCUGUCAGACGACAAGGCCGUCAACACGAGAGAGACGCAGCGCAUCGUGCACGCGCUGAUUGAGCGCGGCUUCAUGGUUGACUAUGCGCCGGGCGAAAAGGGCAGCUUCCUGCGCGUCGUGGUCAAUGUGCAAACGCUGCCUGGAACCAUGGAGGGUUUGGCCAAGGCGCUGAACGAGGUGGGCGCACAGGGUCAAUGA